AUGAUGGCGGCGGUGGGGCGUCCCGCGUUGUUUGUGGUGGCCGUCGUGCUGUGCUGCGUGGGUGGCUGUGCAGCGGCCACUGCUGAGGGCAUCGGUGACGAGGAGCAAGUGAUUGUUAACCUGAGGAAGGCGAAGGAGGAAGCGCUUGAUGCCAAGAAUGCCGUGAAUGCGGCGAAGAAUAAGGUGACCGCAAUCAAGGAAGCAACGGAGCAAUUCAAGACUGUGGCAGGCAAGGCAUCACAAGCAGCAGUUAAUCUAAAUGUCGCAGUGAAGGCGGGGACAACAAUUGAGACGGAUAAAGUAGGCGAUGUAAUCCGCCUGGCGAAGGAAGCAGCGAGCACGACAAAAACGUCUGCCGACUCAGUUACUUCAAUCGGGGAUAAAGUUACAGAAGCAGUGAAAGCAACGACCACGGCAGAAACGUUGUUGAGGAAAGCGCAGGGGACGGCUGGCAGUGCAGCGAAGAAACCGAUUGAAGAUAUCAGCACAGAGGCAGAGCCCAUAAAGGCGGCAUUCAAAAAACUACCAGAAGUGUUGUCGGCACUGAAACAAGCCCAGAAUAGUGCUGAAGAAGCAAAAAAGGCUGCGACGAAGGAUGGCGAUGCUGUCAAUGCCAAGACCAAAGCUGAGAAAGCGUACGAAUCUGUCAAGAAUAAGCCUACCAACACACCGUUAUCUGAAACUAACGAACUAAAGAAGGAUGCUGAAGAAGCUGAAAAAUUAACAACCGCUGCAGUGAGACAUGCUGAGACGGCUUCCAGUGCUGCCAACGCGGCAUCUGGACACGCUGAGAAAGCCGUCAAGGCCGCUGAGUUGCUGCUGAAUGACAUCGACGUUGCAUUGAAGGCUCUGAAAACACAAGAAAAUGAACCUGAGUCUUCAUCUGCAGAUACUGAGCCUCCGUUACCUCCAUCUUCGGAACCGUCACAGGCAGAGUCAAACAGCCAGCGUCUCCAACAGGAUCUACCGAGCAGUACUUCCCCUGCUGAUAAGCCUUCUGAUCAACAAAACGCUAGCACCAUUGCAACCGACAAAGAGCAGUCGCUAUCAGUACCAUCGGAGGAUAAGACAGCCGUAGAAUCCUUGGAGAACGCUGCUUCUCAAGCUGCUGAUGCGCCACUGACACCUCCCAAGAGCGAUGCACAAAACACCCUGAGUGAUGCCCCGAGUAGGGACAGCAGCGUCAGUCCU